AUGUUGGCUGCGCAGGCAUUCUCCAUGAAAGACAAUAGCCGCCGCCACGACACGCUCUCCACGGCUAGCAACGCGAUGAGGCAACGCCAGCCAGUCUCGUCACCCCCAGCCGCGAGGCCAAAAGACGCCUCUCCGGUCUCCGGGGCUGUCGCGCGCGUGCGACCCCGAGAGAAUAGCCGGAGCGCCGGGGCGCCGUCAGCCACGCGCCAAAAAGCCCGGCGGUGGCCGGCACCGUGUCGGCCCCUCGCUCGGGACGAGAGCACGUCCAGAAAGCCACUGCACAACGUUAUUGCCUCCCCUCAUUUAUCAAAAUUUUCCUCUUCCCAAUCGCGGAGAUUCUUACCGCUAGUGACUACUAGGUAUGACUGUGUGGUUCGCAGCAACGCCCCUCUAAAAAAUCUAGUCGCCGAUUCGAGGCGCGACCAUGUGCUACUGCGUCGCGUCUGCCCCUCUACGGAGCAAGCUCUGGCUAGGCCAUGUACAAGAUGUAUGCAAGAGCGCGAUACGCCAGGGGGCGCCAUUGGCCUGGAAUCUCGGAUCCCGUCGCCAGGCUCGGCGUAGGCAUUCCUGCAGCACAUAGGACAAGUGUCAAGAUGAGCGUGAAAAAACGCACCGAGAUUUAGGCUAUGCAGUGAACGCUGCUAUAUAUGAUGGUCACACCGUCUUUACAACGAUGAUGUAUGAAUGGUGGGAGGAUCGAUAACUUUCUGACAGGACGCAAAGAAAAGCCCUUUUGUGACAGUCCCACCUUUGGGUGAUGGGGUGAGAUUCUUGAAUCUGGCAUAAAGCUUGGAUGCGAAUAUACUGUACUGCUACCUACUAGAUACUAUUAGUCUAAUACAGAAGUAGAUUGUUCAAGAGCUGCUGUUGGACACUUGAAGUAGCCACCUACUUAUGGGAACGCCGAGGAAAAGGAAGAUAUACCUACUCCUCCUAAUCCUUAGGCAGGUUCUGAGCAACAUCAAAGAUUUACAAGUACUGUACAUGUGGUGUACCAGCUGCAACACGCAAGGAUCACACAGAAAGAUGAACAUGAACGCGAAAAGGUCACGGUAUAAGCGGCAGCCAUUGGAUGCUAACGCCGUUCCGAUUUCGUAGCCACAUAUAGCGCAAAAAAUGGCGUGGGGCGUCGGGAAGAGCAAAUUCUGGUCAAGUCGAGUCUAAAGAUGCUGAAGCCUGUUCCUUGUCCUGUCAGGCCAAGCGUUGGCGUUGUGCUCAAAGGUUGAACGACUAAGCUUCCCACUGCUGCGGAGAGGAGUCCAAUGCGCAACUACAAAGCCUCGGGCUUCGGUCAUGUUGCCUUGGCCUCCAAUUGAGCGCCAGGAUGCGGCUAGGCGAGGCGUGGCUGUUG